UAGAUGAAUUCAAAAAAUGUUUUGGUUGUUGUAAUUAAUAUAGAGAAAUCUCUCUGACCGCCAAUUAAAAUGUUAAGUAGAUUUUCAGAUGUACUGCAGACUGCAGCAGAUGUUUUGGCACCUCCACCUACUAGAUUAGAGGAUUUCGAGUAUCAUUGGAAGACAAUUUUGAACUUCUAUCAGAACUAUGAUGACAGCAAUAAAAUUCAUAUUGAAGACACAAGAAUUCCACACCACUUACAUCAAAUGCUUCAGCUAAUUGUCGACGAAGAGAAAGAGCAACAAGGCGGAACAGUAGGGCCUUGCCUCGAGGCGGUGGUGCAACGCAAGAUAUGCGUGUUGGACGCUCUAACUGCGCUCGCGGCCGCCGACCGCCCGCCCGGCGCGAGAGCCCUAGCUUUAACCACUGGGACUGCGCUACUGAGGCGGACGAGGCAACCGUGUGUGAAUAGUGCUCAUGUUUACAGACCUUUACAGAGAAUGCUGAUCCAGUGCAAUGAAAACCCAGCAUCACCAACAGAGAAAGAAGAGGUGGAACUACUUCUCACACUCUGUGGUCUAGUAAGAAAAGAGCCUGGACUGGCUAAUAUUUUCACAACACCCUUUGUAGAAGACAAGGACAGUUUACUCAGUAUACCAGACGACAUACAGAAGCUAAUUCCUAUUAAAUCCAAAGUCCAAAUACCGAGAAAGAAUCCCCUGUUUGAAGUGGAACUGCCACUGAAUCCUUUAAGGAACAUAUCUAUAGUAAGAACAAACGGAAGAGAAGAUGGUUCCAGUGGCUCUUUAGCUGAUGACAAUUCGAAUAGGAGUCAAAAGACAGUGUAUGAUGACAACGACAAGUUCCUGUUGAUUGAUUUAUUGUUAUCUUAUUUGGACAGUGCUGACAAUCAAGUGGUCCUCCGAGCGUGUGAAGGCAUAAUGAUUGUGUCCUCAUUGCCCGAGGAUGAUAUAGCCAACUUGGUGACGAGCUGCAGUCCCGCGUGCGAGACUUUGGUCGGCAAACUGGCGGCCAAAUACAAGUGUGUGCCCGCCGGCACCGAACCCGCUGACGUGGACCGACUCAAUAUCACAUGGGCGUAUGUGGCUCAGGAUUAUGGUGACAAAGCAUUGAAUAAAUUCCAUGGCUACAGGGAGUUGACGAGUUUCUUUUCAUGGCUGGACUACUGUGAUACUCUAAUGAAGGAAUGCCACCCAACCAUUGCGACGCAUCUCUCUCGAACUUUCCGGCAGAACUUUCUAGAAGGCACCGUAGAAGUUGGAGUUAGCGACUUCCACCACGCGGCUCUGGUGACAGCUAUACUGGCCAAGUGUUUGAAAGUCAUCGAUUCGCCGGAACUCAUUAAUGAAUUCUCCAAUUGGUUGGUUGGUGACGGUGAAGUUCCGGAAUGGCCUCUUCUGCACAAUCUCAUUAGCAACUGUCUGACGGACAAUUACGACAUCACUUUGGAGACGUUACAGUUCUUUCAGACAAUAAUAGAGAAAGGAACCGAGCACAGUAUACACAGGCUCGUUUUGACACGCGUCUGUUCCCGCGGAUAUUAUUCCAUACAACCACCGAUGGAGGAAGACGAGCGAGACAGACUGAACGACGUCUCCUUAUGGAGGGAGCGAGAGAGAAAUAGGGAGGCGAUGAAACAACUUCAGCACGAAGACCACGUCAACGAACAGAUCAACGACAUAUUGACGCACGAGGGUAUCGACACUCACGACUCCGCUGACAAUAUACAUAGAGUGAUUAACAGCUUCCUGCUGCUGUUGCCGCGCGCGAUUCUGUCCGAUCCGGUGGGCGCGGACUAUGAGCACUAUAUACACGACGCGCAUAGACAUUACCAGUUAUGGUUAGACAUUACUUCUACGUUUAACUGGCCUGAGCAAAAUUGGGUAGACACCACAGCCAGCUCCACACACAGCUAUGAUAGUAGGCCAGAAGCCGACAUACAUCUCGACGAAGUCUUCGAUACAAUCAAAGCGGAGCCCAAACGAUCGGAGCAAAUUGACACCUGCCAUCCAUACAAAUGCCCAUUUACACAAAGACUAGUGCACAGAAGCAAAGAUACGCCAUCGAAUAGCACCGAAGAAGAAUUCGACGAAGGGCCAUUUUUCAAAAUGCUUUUCAAACUAAUUUUGAACAUGCCAAAUCAGCCGUACCAAGUGAAUUUGCACCUUACUGCCAUCAUUUCUAAGUUGGCUCUGAUACCGCAUCCGAAUUUGCACGAGUAUCUCUUGAAUCCGAUGUUGCCCACAGCGAAAAAGACGCAGACGCUUUUCAAAGUUUUGCAAGAGUUGGCGAGGAGAUUGACUAUAGAAAUACCGAGGAUAAGAAAUUAUAAAAAGGUGAUUGAAAAUACCAGGUUGCAGCUGAUGAGUGAAGAUCCUAUUUAUGAUGAGGGCGGAGACCACAAUCAACUGGUGGAGAGUCUGAUAGUCCUGGAGGAGUUCUGCAAGGAGCUCGCAGCGAUCGCUUUCGUCAAAUACCAGCAUUCAUUGCAUAUGCAAAGAUAAUAAAAUCAUCCAAGCAAUGGCCUUAUCUUAAUUAGGAAACGAUCAUAAUAUUUGAUACAUAUAAUCAUGUGUUAAAAAUUAUUACGUUAUCCAGCACAAUUAUAGUGCAAAUUAACAAAUUAACUAGAAUAUACGGUUAAUAUUUUGGGAUUCAAUAAGUUUUAAAAUAUUUUGAAAUCGUCUUAGAUAUGAUUUUUGUGCACAUCAAUAAAUCUGAAGCUAUUAAUUCACAAAAUAAAUUAUAAAAUUUGAAUAAUAAAAAGUAAAUUACUAUGUAAAUACAAUGAAGAAUGCAUUUAGAAAAGAGUUGAUUUAAUUAAUAACGGUAAUUGUAGUGGUAGUACUUAAUUUCAAGCCAAAUUUAUCUGUCCAGUGUAUAGUGCGAUUCAAACUUUGGCGGUUAUGAUGUUAUCUGUUGCCAGUCCUAACAGGGUGCCACAACUCUCGACACACAUUCUGAAGACCCGGGUUCUCAAAAUGUGUGUCGAGUGACCGCUGCAAGAGUGGAGCAUUGUCUAGUUUUUAGCGGGUAAGGCUCAUUCAGCUGAGCAAUAUGGUCAAUCAUACUACCGCAGAGCCGAAGUGCAUCGUAGCGAAUUUUAGAAACAGUGACAUAACAAAUUCACCCCGAUCUCCGCAACGUACUGCACAUAUUUCUUUUAAGCUGAUAAUCAGCGGGACUACAGAAAGAAUAUAUACAUUACAUUGCGCAGAUGAUGGUGAAUUUGCUUUGUUACGUUUCUGAAAUUCCCUUCGAUGUGCUUCGACUAUGUGCUAGUAUGAAUUGAUCAAUAGAGUGAGUUGCAUGAGAUGAGCGGCGGGGAGUCUCGCAUACCCCGGUGCCGUAUAAGAAUAGAGUAGGGGUAAUAUAGACUCUACUACAAGUGGAAGUUACCCUCUAAUAGAAAGAGAAAGAAGAUGAGAGACCGCCAGCUUUUCUCUCUAAUCGAGCAUGCGCAUUAGCAACCGUAAGCAUAUUACUAUUUCGAUGUGAUGCCAUUGGAUGUCAUGCGUCACAAGAGAGAGAGAUAGCUAGCGGUCUCUGAUCUUCUUUCUCUUUCUACUAGACGGAAACUUUUAGAGGAGCCUUCCCCACUCUAUUCUUUACCUCUAUGGCUGCUACUCCCAGUGGGCGGGGAAGGCUUCAAGCUUUUUCCAGACAAGGUUGCGAAGUUAGCAGCGAGUGCAACUAUCAACAGUUUGUUCAGCAACAUCCACCCCGGGCUCACUUACAUUUCGUUUUCUGCACCGCGAUUUACGUUAACUACACAACCGCCAUUAACUUUGAAUUAAAUGUCGCAAUUUGGAAGAAACAAACCUUAUUCAUUUGCCCGUGUUUAAAUCACAUUUCAUUAUUUAUUUAUUUUCCAUGUCAGAACAACAACAACAACGCAAAUUGUAGUUGAUCUAAAUCUGGCGAUUGUUCAAUAAUUAUGUAAUGGUGUACAAAUUAAUUGGAAAAUAUAUAUUAAAUUAUAAAUGCCAAAAUUUAAUAUAAAACAUAAAUAUGUAAGUAUACAUAACACAUAUAUAUUAUGUUAUGUGAUAAAAUACAUAUUGAUUCAUAUGAUUUUUUUACCAUAUCCUAUGGUAUUUAAAAUUAAUCAUCAGUUUGUAUUAUUGUUAAGACUGCGUAAUAACAUUGGGAGUUGCGUCAUUACCUCUAAGUCUUCUUACAGCCAGUUUCAAUAAUAAUAAUUUCAAUAAAUCUCUGGUACGAGGUAGGUCUAUUAGAACUUUGUUGCCCAGAAAAUAUAAUUUAUUUUAGAUUAAAUACCUGUUUUAAAAACUAAACCAGAAUAAGCUGAUAUUUUACUAGAGAUCGAAUUGUUGAAGCUGGCCGUUAGUCUCGCUGUACGCAUUGGGCCAAAGUAUAGUACCGGUUUAAGUCAUCGUCUUUUUUUAUAAAAUAUUGCCAAGACACUGAUUUGACGACCAGAUGUUUGCAAACUAUUUAUGCGUUUUCAGGUUCUACCCGUUGACCUAGUAAGCUAGGCAGAAUGUGUCCAGCAGUUGCAAAUAUGUGCAAUAAGAGCAAGCGCACAUUGACCCACUAAUCGCGAACCGUAGUAGCUCAGUCACGCCUCUUCUUUGAUGGCUGCAUCUAGUCGCUUGACUGAACCACAUGUGUUUGGGUUUAGUGUCUGAAUAUGCACUUGCUCUAAAUUUAACUUUUACUUUAAUUAAUGUAUAUAAAAUAAAUAAUUAUUUCAUACGUGGGAAAGAGAUUCUAGCCAACUAUUUGAAGAGGAUCGCAGAAUAGUUAAACUUAUACUCCUGGAGCGUGAUGAUAUUCAUAUUUUGAUUCACCAUUUUAAACUCGCUGUAUAGUUUCACCUUCUAUAAAAACAAUACAAAAGAUAUCUGUAUAGUUACAACUCAUAUCACGACACCUUUUAUCAUUUGAAAGAUAUUUACUUUUGCAAAUUGUCCCUACAAAGCUAAAAAAAAUGACAAUGUGAUAUAAGGCAUCUCUUUAUCAAACAUGUAAAUGUAUGAGCGGAAAUUUUAAAGAUAGCAGACUCGAACUCAGAACCCCAGUGUAUAUAGAUAGUGGCAAACUUGAGCAAAACUAAGACAAAUGUACUUGCGUAGGUUUUUGUAUGUAAAAUUGCUACUGCGUAGAAUUCUUUUACUGUGGUCGAUGCUCGAGAAGUUUAUCGGAGGGUCUAAUUAAAUAAAGCUUUAAUGGAUUCUUGAAGGAACAUAAAUAUAACGUCAGAUAAUAAACUGAUGUCUUCACAGCACGCAAUUAAGUAAGGUAAUAAUUUAUCAAUUCUUGUUUAGUAAAUUUAUAUACUCCCGGACACAUCACUUAAAGAGUAUGUUACUGUAAAUUCAUUCAUAAUGUACUAGUUACCCGCCUUCGCUUCUACAUGUAUUAUACUUAUUUAUAAACCUUCCUUAGGCGCGUUUCUCACCAGAUCAUUUCGUUUCUGUACCGAAUCUGUACAGAUUUUUUUACCAAGAUCCACUUCUUGACCGGCUCGGUGGUAAAACUGCCCAAGAGGUGAAUGGUUUUUUUUUAGAAAAGGUCUCUUUUAAUAGGGUUUUUUCUGGCGCUUCGCUGGCUUCGGCACGCUCGCUUUGCUCGCUCGUUACGGCCACUACACCAACCUAACCUUACCUAGUGUGAAGUAUCACCGCUUGAGCCCUGGAAGUACAGUUUAGCCGGCUCGGUUACGUUGCUGCAUCGUUUCGUUUUGUGCGGUGUUUGGCAUUUGUUAUAAUGACGUCACGUCGGGCGGGCGUUAGGUACAGAGGUGUGUAUGCAUUCGGUAAAAAAUCUAUACCGAAACGACUCGGUGAGUAAGCUGAAGCUCUCUUAUAUGCACUCGGUAAACACUGUACAGAUGCGGUAAAGAAAUGAAAACGAAACCAUACCGCACCGAACCGGUGACAAAAGGAUCCAAUUAAGUGAUCUGAAAAACCAUCCAUGCGACUUUGAGGUCAUUGCAAACUUACAUAUUAUAAACAGAGAGUAAGUUGGGUGCGACUAUGUUUUUAUCUAAUUUAUAAAAAUGAUGUAUUAUAAAUUACUGUUUACCGGUAAGGUGUUGAACUUACAGAAGUUUCUUUGCACCUGUUAAAUGAGUUAUUUUAUAUACAAUUUCGAAAGAGUUUAUGAAAUUUUAAUGAUAAGGCUGCCUGUCCACUGGAGCGGAGCGAGGCUGCGGAGCGGAGAUUUCUCCGCAGAAAUAUUAACCAAUAGGAUUGCAUAUAAUCUGUCUACUGAAGAAGAGCAUUGUCCUUUCUCCGCUCCGCAGCCUUGCUCCGCUUCAGUAGACAGGCAGCCUUAUUGUUGCUAAUGCUGAGAACCCAUAAUAUCUAUUUUAGUGUCAACUGCUGUUUUCCUUAAGACAUUUUGUAAUGUCCAGUCAAUAAUUCUAGUCUUUUUAUUAUUAUUAUUUUUAUAAAUAAACAUUCCUUUUAAGUUAUUAUUAUUAUGCUUACUAUGUUUAUUUUAGUUGUAACUUCAUUGGCCAGUUUUACAAAAUGGUACAAAAGGAGGACUUAAAUAUAAUAGCGUUCUCCACCAGUCUAUCUUUGGGAGAAAGUUUUCUUGCUACUGGUUUUAUGUUACUUUAUUAUGUUUUGCGCACAAUACUAUUCUAUUCAAUAUAAUAGUUGACUGUAGUUAAUUUAUAAACAACGCCUGUUAAUAAAAUGUUUGAGAAUUUCUCGAGUGUUUCAUUUCCCGUAUUAUAACUCGACAUUACGAGGAACAAAUAAAAACACAAUACACAAAAUGCAAUGGUGAUUAUAUUU